AUGAUCACACUCAACGGCCAAACCCUCGAAGGCGGCGGCCAGAUCCUCCGCAACGCCAUCGCCCUCGCAGCCCUAACCAAUCAACCCCUAUCAAUCUAUUCCAUCCGUGCUUCCCGUCCGGGGAAGAAGGGUCUUAAAGCAUCGCAUCUUGCGGCCGUGCAGUCCCUCGCUGAGAUAAGCAAUAGCGUUGUUGAAGGUGCGAAAUUAAGGUCUGAAACAUUGUCUUUCUAUCCGCCUGCACCCACGGACAUCCCACUGGCGAAACAAGAGUAUAAUAUCAAGCUUGAUACCCCGGGAAGUGUGUUUCUGGUAUUCCAGGCGCUGUAUCCGUAUCUCCUGCGUGUGGGUGCGCUUGCGGAGAUCGAAGGGCCGGUUCGUGUUAAUAUCACGGGCGGUACGAAUGUGACAUCCUCGCCGUCGUUUGAUUAUGUACAGCAGGUGUUGGUGCCGAAUCUGAAAACCCUGGGGUUUCCGGGGUUGUCCAUUGAGAUACAGAAAAGAGGGUGGAUGACGGGCCCGGUCGAGUUGGGAACUGUGAGGUGUUUGAUUGAUCCGUUGCCGUCAACUACGAAGCCGGAUGGAAGUGUCGAUUGCCGGUUUCCACGAAUUGGCCUAAACAAAUACAGACGGGGCACAAUCACCAAGAUCGAUAUCACGGUACUCGCUCCAGAUGACGAAGUAUCCUGGUCAACGACCCAACCCAGCAAGGACGACAAACUAACGACCCGCAAAUUCAUCGAACAAGAAACCGUCAUAACUCUCCAGAAUAACCUAAAACACCUACCACCACACAUAAUCAACCUAGGAAACACCCAAUCCCCCAUUCCCAUCAACAUCCACACCUCCGAACGAAGCUACCACCAAACACACAUCUACAUCCUACUCGUCGGCUACACAACAACAGGCUUCCGCAUCGGCCAUGACUUUCUUCUCGCAGAUGCCAAAGACCCCCGCCCCAAGAAGAAGAAGCAAGAUAAAGAUAGCCACCAACACGCUCUCGUCCGGAAUCUGAUCGAGAGCUGCGUUGCGAAUUUCGAGAACGAGCUUUGGAACCAAGCAUAUGACCAGUAUGACUUGUUUGAGAGGCGGCAUCAGCCGUGCGUGGAUGAGUAUAUGCGGGAUCAGUUGGUAAUUUUCGAGGCGUUGGGGAGGCUAUAUCCCUCGGGAGAUGACGAGAAUGUGGAAGAAGAGGAGAGCCUCGAGGAUGAACGAUAUUGGAGUCUGCACACAAAGACUGCACGGUGGGUUUGUAAAGAGUUUGGACUGAAGUUGAACCGUUAA